AUGGACGCCACCAAGGCCAGGACAGAUGACGCUUCACUAGCCAAGACCUUGCCUUCAGAAUACGUCUUCACGUCAGACACAGACCGAGACAACACGGCGUCAGCGGCAGCCAUCGCAAGAGUCGAAGCCGCUCAGAAGACCAAAUGGACGAGACUUUUCCACAACCCAAAGCUGAUCUUCAUAGCAUUCUUCGCAUCCUUUGGAGGCUUCGAGUAUGGCUACCAACAAGGCGUCCUGGGCCAAUCCUUCGUCAUGACCCGCUUCAUCGACAACUUUCCGGACAUUGCAGGUUCUUCAAGCGCACAAGGAUGGCUCACCUCUGUGUUGCAGCUCGGUGGUAUUCUCGGAUCGCUUUCAGCCGGAAUCUUGGGCGAAGUCUUUUCGAGGAAGUAUACCAUGUUCUCGGCUUGUAUUUGGGUCAUCCUUGGUAGCUAUCUCUACUGCGGCGCUUCUUACCAUAACUCUUCGUUGCUCUAUGCUGGAAGGUUCUUCACUGGGCUUGGCGCGGGUACGUUUUCGGGUGUUGGUCCACUGUACAAUGCCGAGCUAUCAACCCCCGAGCUCCGCGGCCUCCUCGUGUCCUUUUACCAAUUUGCAACGAUCUUAGGCAUUAUGCUAUCCUUCUGGGUAGGAUAUGGCUCGAACUACAUCGGCGGCAUUGGCGACGGUCAAUCCGACCUAGCCUGGCGCUUACCUUCCAUCAUCCAAGGCAUCCCAGCAGUCUGUCUCGCCCUCGGAAUCUGGUGGAUGCCCUUCAGCCCCAGAUGGCUCGUCAAGAAAGACCGCGACGACGAAGCCAUCAAGACUCUCUCAUGGUUACGCAAACUCCCCAAGGAGGAUCCGCUGAUCCAGGUCGAGUACCUCGAGAUCAAGUCAGAAGCAAUCUUCGAACAAAGGGCCUUUGAUCGAGAUUUUCCACACUUGAGCGAGCCGCAAAAGCGGAGUGUGCUGAGGAGGGAGGCUGCUCAGUACGUGGCCAUCGUACGCUCCUGGGACAAUUUCAAGCGUGUUUCCACGGCGUGGUUGGUCAUGUUUUUUCAGCAAUGGAGCGGAAUUGAUGCAAUUAUCUACUAUGCUUCGAGCGUAUUCCAGAGCUUUGGAUUGACGGGUGGUACACAGGCACUACUCGCCACGGGAGUUACCGGGGUCGUGUUUUUCGUCAGCACGAUUCCGGCAAUGCUAGUCAUUGACAAAGUCGGGCGCAAGUCGAUGUUGCUCGCUGGCUCAGUCGUUAUGCUCAUCGCCAUGGUCAUUACUGGCAUCAUCGUCGCGAAACUACAACACGACUGGCCAAGCCACAGAGCUGGAGGCUGGACCGCCGUCUCCUUCAUCUGGGUCUACAUCGGCGCCUUCGGUGCCACAUGGGGACCAGCAUCAUGGACGCUCGUUUCUGAAAUAUUUCCACUCUCAAUCAGAUCCAAAGGCGCCUCGAUCGGAGCUUCAAGCAACUGGCUCAACAACUUCGCCAUUGCAUUCUUCGUCCCGCCGAUGUUCGAGGCUUGGGAGUGGGGGACGUACAUCUUCUUCGCUGUAUUCUUGACUGCUGGGAUUGUAUGGGUGUGGUUCUUUCUGCCGGAGACAAAGGGUGCAACGCUGGAAGAUAUGGAUAGGGUGUUUGGCAGUCACACCGGAGAGGCAGACCAGAGGUUACUGUCGGAGUGUCGGAGAGAGCUUGGGCUUGAGCCUGCGUUGGAAGCUGAGGCUAUUGAGGAGGUUAGGAGGUUGUCUGUGGCUGUUGAGAAGGAUGCUGCGGCAAGAGUUGAAGUGGUGUAG